AAGAUGGACUGGACGUCUUUUUGUGCGCUGUUCACAUGCAUUUCAUAUGUUAGUUCAACAAAAUUACAUUAUAAUGCUCGAGUGAAGGUGAAAAAUGAAGGCAUAACCAGGUUCUCUUUUGAAAACAAUAAUAUUCAUUUGAUGAAGCUCGUUAGCACCUCUGGUAACAAAAUCAUCUGGGUCGGAGGACACAAGAUCCUCUAUUCCAUCAGCCCAACACAAGCCUCCAAACCCCAUCAGGUGAAUGUGCCUCUUUGUCAGGACGAAAGCCAAGAUUCAGACAACUCUCUCUGUUCACACCGGAUCUCUCUGCUCAGAGAAGGCAUUGAUGGAAAUCUCCUGUUCAUCUGUAGAUCGCAUGAUGGAAAUGCAGAGUGCUGUAACUUGGACUCCAGUUAUUCUCUGAUCAAUUGCUUCACGUCAGAAAAUUACGAGCCAGAUAUUAAUGAGCCGUCAUUACUUGUUGAUAAUAUGCUGUACUUCACCAAGUCUGAGAAGGGAUUGUACAGGAUAAACAAGAACGACAUAACUGACAACAUUUGGUCUCAGACGAUUCAAGCGGAGCAAACAUACCUGAAGCUGAUCGCUGGUAAAGGACAACACAAAGACAAAGUUUAUUCCUUCUUCACAGAGAAGCACAAAAGUGAAGACGGUGAGCAGUGGAUUGCACGAGUCUCUCAGAGCUGCAUGAACGACAGAGGCGGAUCUAAGAGUCAGCUUCAGAGCAGCUGGACGUCCAUGAUUUACACCCGUCUGUUCUGUGGCAGAGGAUAUGAAUUCACUCAGAUGAUAGAUGUGGCCACACUAGACACAGACAACGACAAUAAUAUGCUGUACUUCACCAAGUCUGAGAAGGGAUUGUACAGGAUAAACAAGAACGACAUAACUGACAACAUUUGGUCUCAGACGAUUCAAGCGGAGCAAACAUACCUGAAGCUGAUCGCUGGUAAAGGACAACACAAAGACAAAGUUUAUUCCUUCUUCACAGAGAAGCACAAAAGUGAAGACGGUGAGCAGUGGAUUGCACGAGUCUCUCAGAGCUGCAUGAACGACAGAGGCGGAUCUAAGAGUCAGCUUCAGAGCAGCUGGACGUCCAUGAUUUACACCCGUCUGUUCUGUGGCAGAGGAUAUGAAUUCACUCAGAUGAUAGAUGUGGCCACACUAGACUCAGACAACGACAGCAAAAUUUAUGUGCUCUUCAGAAACUAUUGGAACAUGAGCGCUGUGUGCGUUUAUAACAUGACUGAAAUCAGCAGAAUCUUCAGUUCCUCUGAAUUCAACGCCGCCAAGGUUCCUGCGAAUCAUCGGCCUGGAAUGUGUGUUAGUGACAGUACUCGUCUAAGCAGUGAAGUGCUGGGGUUUAUGAAGGAUCGUCCAGAGAUGAAGGAUUGGGUGAUGCCAGAGAACGGCCCCCUGUUGUUCAAACACCGUCAUUACACUCAUAUACAGGUGGACCGGGUUCGAGGCCACACCGUCCUGCUGCUGUCUCUAGAAAGCGGAGGGGUUCAUAAAGUGCUGGAAGAGCCUGUUUUUGUGAUUGCGGAGUAUCUGCCAUUUCCACGAGGGACGCACAUCACCAGCAUGCUGCUGGACGCUUCGGAGAGGCGUCUAUAUGUGAGUUCCAGUAAUGAGGUCGCUCAGAUUGACCUACAGAGAUGUCAUGUGUAUGGAGAUGAGUGCAACGAAUGUAGAUUAUCUCGAGACCCCUACUGCGUUUGGGACGGUUUGCACUGCACCUCUAGCGCAAAAAGCCCAUUCCAGGAUUUCACAAACUGCAAUAAGCCUGAAGCUGCACCAUCAAAGACCGAAAACGGACUGAAGACGCCAGUGACCCGUGUCCCUCCAUCCUCUAAACACUUCUUGCUCUGCCCAAUGACGUCACACCACGCCACAUACCACUGGUACCGCGGUAAAACACGCGAGGAGUGCGUUCACUCCGAGCUGGGCUGUUUGUACCUCAUUUACAGCAUGAAUAAGACUCACGAAGGGGAGUACAGUUGUGAGUCUUCAGAGGAAGGCUAUACUAGGACAGUCAGGCAAUACAAGCUCAGCAUGAGCCACUCAGAAGCGCUCCGUCUCACUCCUGCACUCUUACUGAUGCUCACAGCCUCUCAUGUGCUUUUGAACAUAUUACACUGAAGUUCCCAGGUUAAAAAUAAAAG